CAACAUUAGUAGAAAAUGUCACGUCAUUUCCAUUUCGCUCGCAAAGGGAAUUGAAACGGAAAAGUAGGUCGACGGUAUUGAUUUUUACAAUAUUCGGCAAACAAAAGACGUGUCUCUCGGUGUCGCACAGAAGCAAUAACGUUCCUGUGAUCCAGCCAGUGGGGGAGCUCCAAAAAUGCCUGACGCAGAGUUAGCAGCGCCAACCGUUGAAAAUGUACGCGUGGUGGUCAGAGUCCGUCCCAUGGACCAGAAGGAGACGUUGGAGAACUCCUACAACUGCGUCUCAGUGGAUCCGGUGAACCACACAGUUGCUGUCACCCGUAAUAAUGUCACACCACCCGAGCCGCCAAGGAUUUAUGCCUACGAUGCUGUUUUUGACAGUAACGUUAGCCAGAUGGACAUCUACGUGCAGACGGCCAAUCCAAUAGUAGAAGAGGUGUUGAAGGGCUACAAUGGCACCAUAUUCGCGUACGGGCAGACAGGCACCGGCAAGACCUACACCAUGGCUGGGUCAAAUAGCGCACCAGAACUGCGUGGGAUCAUACCCAACUCCUUCGCGCAUAUAUUCAGCCAUAUCGCGCGUGCGAAUGAUGAUGAGAAAUUCCUGGUGUGCGUGACGUACCUGGAGAUCUACAACGAGGAAGUCAGAGACCUCCUCGGCAACAACCCGCACCAGAGCCUCGAGGUCAAGGAGCGGCCUGACAUCGGUGUCUUCGUUAAGGACCUCACUGGUUACGUAGUCCACAACGCAGACGAGUUAGAAAAGAUUAUGGCGGUCGGAAACAAGAACCGCCAUAUUGGAGCCACGGCCAUGAACACGGAGAGCUCACGAUCGCACGCCAUAUUCUCCAUCACUGUGGAGUCCAGCAAGAAGGGAAACGACGGGAAAGUCCACGUCAAGAUGGGGAAACUGCACCUUGUUGAUUUGGCGGGCUCCGAGCGCCAAAGCAAGACGCAAGCCACCGGCACUCGCCUGAAAGAAGCCACCAAAAUCAACCAGUCGCUGUCAGUGCUAGGCAACGUCAUCUCUGCUCUAGUAGACGGAAAAUCUACACACAUACCCUAUAGGAACUCGAAGCUGACCCGACUGCUGCAAGACUCGCUUGGAGGCAACUCCAAGACUGUCAUGAUAGCCACCAUCGGCCCAGCGGAAUGCAACUACGUGGAGACCAUCAGUACAUUGCGAUACGCGAACCGAGCGAAGAAUAUUGAGAACAAGACGCAUGUUAACAGCGAGCCGGGAGAUGCGCUGCUCACCAGAUUCCAGCAAGAAAUCGAUCAGCUCAAGAAGCAACUUGAAGAGAGUGCAAAUGACGUGGAAGAAGAAGAAGAAGAAGAAAUAACAGAAGAAGAACUAUCCGACGACACGCUCACGGAGCCUGAGAUGGAUUCCCUCGACCCUGAGGAAAAGAAAAUGCGCCGCAAGAUGAGGAGAGAAGAAAAGGAAAAACUGAACCGAGAGAAGGCACACCAAGCGAGGAAAGUUCUGGAAGAGAAGAAAGCAGAGCUCCAGAGAACUAAGAAACAGCAGGAAGAGCUGAAAGAGAAGCUACAGCGCCUUGAAUCCAAGGUGCUGGUAGGCGGAGAGAAUCUCCUGGACAAGGCGGACGCACAGCGCCGUCUUCUAGAACAAGCUGCUUAUGAACUCGAGCAACGGACGCUCAACGAGCUGCGACUGCAGAAGGACUUGCAGAAGAAAGAGGCUGAAAGGCUCGACUUAGAAGAGCGAUACUCCAGCCUCCAAGAAGAAAACGCCGCAAAGACCCGAAAACUGAAACGCGCGGUGCAACUCCUGAACUCGGCCAAGGCAGAACUGGCUGACCAACAGAGAGAACAGCAGAGAGAGAUGGAGGGAAUAUUAGAUAGCGUUAGAGCGCUGAAGAGAGAGAUACAACUCGCCGAUCUUGUAUUGGACUCGUACAUCCCUAAGGAAUAUCAGGCGCUGAUCGACCAGUACGUGCAUUGGAACGAGCAGCUGGGCGAGUGGCAGGUGAAGUGCGUGGCCUACACCGGCAACAACAUGACCACGCCGCACCUGCCGCCGCCCGCCGCCGCCGCCGCCGCCGCCGCCGCCGUCAAAUACAUGGAGCCCCCAGACCUGUCGGACCGCUACCUGUCGUACGCGCACGUCAACAACCGUCCCGCGCGUCCUCACACGUCCGUGCCACGCCCACACACUGCCACGCUGCGCCAGCGCCAGUGAACUUUGGGCCGUAACGUCUUGAUAUAAGGUCGAAGAUCCCUUGCUCCAAAAUAUGCAGUCAGGGACCUCACCACCGCUGCAGUAAUUUCGAAAAUUCAAGACAUUAGUAUAAUUUAACCAAAUAUUUACUCUAAUGUAACCCUAGAUCUCACAACCGAGAGGUUAUUUUUAUGUAGCCCUUGCCAGUAGAGUCUGCUAGUAGUAACCAAAUAACAAAAUUUUGAUUUAUUUUAAAAUACAAAAAAAAUACACGGGUGUUGGAAAUUAAAAAAAUAUUUUACUAAAAUAUUGACAUUCAAAAGGCCGUCUGCUCAAAAAAAAUGUUGGCAAUAUAGUGUUAUGCUAUAUUGACAAUAUUCGGUAACAAGUUUUUUGUGAUAUUCAGUUGAGAAAAGAAAAAAUGAGAGCUUAAUGCCCAUGACAAGUCAAAUCAGCCCCCCUAGACAAGUGGCAAAAUGUGACAGUUUUAAUGUCGAAAGAUGGUCGAAAGGCCUUUUUUGUAUGGAGUUAUAUCGCUCCGUGAACGAAUUUUUUUUUCGAUUCGAUCAAUAAGUGUCACUUGGCUAGUUCACAUUGCUUUUUUUAUUUUUAUUUUCAAGACAGCGGACUGCCUUAGUAUUUUUAUAAUAUUACGCUCAUAAAGAAACGAUCGUGUUAAAUUUAUAUUUUGUUUUUAUUUUGUGUUUAAAGCAGAUUAGCAGAUUUUGUAUUGAAAUUAUAAUUAUUUAUGUUAACACUUAUGCUAGUCACAUUCCAGUGAUAUCCGACUGAGGUCAUACUACCAGAGCAUAGUACAAAUGACGGUACAUCGAUAAACACUGUGACGGGUGUAUUCAGGGUGAAAUUUUAUCUUCUGCAUCCUUUUAAAAUAAGACUACUAAUGAUAUUUGGGAAAACUGCUAUGUAUCAUGAUUAGAGUCUUAUAUUAGAAGGAUGAGAUGCCAAUGAUUUAAAUAUCACCCUGUAUAGUAGUAAUGAGUGAUAUUGUAACAAAAAUGUAUCGUCAGAUGUGUCGUGUGGAUUCGUACAUGCAGUAUUUCUGCAUCUACUUAUUUAUAUGGUCAGCGAAGAAAGUAAUAAAUAAAAACGACAAUAUUGCUUUCCAAUAUUGUGUGACACGUUUCCAAUAUUGCUUAAGCUAAUAAGUUUUUAAUACAAAAAAUGAUCUGGUAGUAUGGUUUUAGUUUAAGCCCAAGCUUUUGUAUUGUCAGUAUUACGGAAUAUUGUGCACAAUAUUGUGAUAUGUAUGGCACUUAUUUAUGUUUUUGUAGUGCAAUUUUAUUUAAAUAAAAGUUUUUUACGA